GGGAUUCUGAGACGCUACCGUGGACAAUCCGCUAUGUCAGGAAAGAGCCGUCAGCGGGACAACGAAUAUGGCUUCGGUGGCAGCAACCGGUAGGCCGAGCAGAAUCGUCCCACGGCGUACAAGAACGCUGUAUCUUGUACGUAUAGGGCUUCGGAGACUCGCCUUGAGAGCAUGGCAAAACGAGAAUCAACUAAUAUCACCAACAAAUGUUCGCUGCGUACGCCCCACGAACUUGCCGUUGGCACAGGUGCUCUCUGGUUACACGGACGCGUUCCUCAUGAGACGUGUAUGCGCAAUGUCGGGGGACCCACCCAUCGAAGUUGUCGGGCUCGAGUUAGUUGUUGCCCCGAGCAGUGCGCAGUUUGCAGCAACCUGCCGCGUUAAAUAGCGUCGCGUGCAUUCCAGGCCGUGGCACACGGAGUUGAGGAGGCUGAGCGCGAUGCGGUAUUGGCACAGAUUGACGUUGGCUGAUA